GAUUCCGAGUCCCCAGAUAAAGAUACACAGAGGCCCCAAUCCAACACCCCGGCCCCCAUUCUCACCUGCCACCGAAUCUCUCUCUGGCGCUCCUGCUGCAUCCAGGCCUCCCUUCCCAGGCUCCACGGCUGCCGACGCCGUGUUGGCCCCUCUGACAGGCUGGUCAGGGAGGAUACUGAAGAGAUCCAAUCUCAGACCCAAGAUCCCUACCCAGGUUAUGGUGGGCAGACCCCAGCUGCCAGGGCCGCCCAUUCAGCAUCCCUCCCUGGACCCCAGGACCUGCUACUGCUGGGUCUGGACUCCAUCCUGCACAGGUACUGUGCUCCAUCUGCCCUGGGGUGUCUCCUCAUCAGCUGUGUGCAGGGCAAGGGGCCCAAGCAAAGGCCCAGCCUCCACUUGCUAAGCUGCUGCCUGGCUCUCUGUGCCUCCCUGAGACCCUGUGUGCCCAGCAGGGGGCAGCAGCUCAGGGUCAGUCGAUGGAAUGCCUGGGUGAAUGAAUGAAUGUGCAAGAGAGGGAGCCACGGUGGGCAUCAUCUCCCCUUCACACUGGCCAGGGCCCUGGCUCUUACGCCCCAGGAAUGGGAAGCAGUUGUGGCCUGUGGCUUCAGUCUUCAUCACCACAAUCCCUGAAGCCCACCCUUGCCCAGACACCUGUGCCCCAGCCCCAACCCCAGGCCACCUCCUCAGCAGGUCUGGAGCUGAGCUGCCCCACGUGGCGCCUGUGGCGGCCAGUCCAUGCCCCCUGCAGUGCCUCUGUCCCAGACUCGGCCCCAUGACGACACUCCACAUGCUGGUGACUCCUCCAGAGCAUCAGGACCACACUCAACCCGUGAGGAAUUACUUCUGUUUCAAAGAUACAGAAAUCAGCUCAACGCCUGAAAACUCCAUCACCACAGUCAAUGCCCUUGAAGCCAUCGACAGUGACCACCCCAAUAACAGAAGCUCUGUGAGCCCAGAAAUGCCCUGCUCGGGGUGGUUAGCGUCAAGCCACCACCUUUCCAACCAGCCGGGGCCAAUUCUUCCAGACGGCCGCCUGCAGGCACAACAGGAAAGGGACGUGUGCACUGGCUCAGACACCUCACACCCGGCUGGCUCUCAGGCCAGACAGACUGGGAAGCCCAUCUCUCUCGUAGGAAGGCCAGAUGGGAAACAACUUCUUGACAGACCACAUCACAGCACCAGAUCUAACGGUGACCUUCAGAAUUAUUUUUCAGGUUGAAUUAGGAUCGAAUCUAAGAAUUCUAAAUUCAAAAUGCAGCAGAAAAACAACACACACACACACACACACACACGAAGCCUAAGUUCUGGCGGGACACGCCCUUGGGUUCAAAUCCUGGCUCUGUCGCUUCCUACUGUUGGCUGAUGGGUGAGUUUCUUCAUGUGCCUGAGCCUCAGUUUCCUUGUCUGUGAAAUGGGGCAAUAAUCCCAGCUGCACGGGGUGACGCAAAGAGACAAAUUUAAGAUACGGCCCCCGAAAUGCUAGCCACAUACAUACAGUUUUCAAUGUUUAAACAACAAAAUGUAAAGUCUUUUGAAACCAGGAAAGGCGAUUUGGCUUCCCAUGUUGCUGGAUGUAUCAUUUUUAGAAAGACAGAGAGAAACGAACUUUGUUCACUCAGUCUCAGAGGCGGCCGCCGGCAGCACUCAAAGGCACCCCAGCCCAGAGCCACGCCAGGGAGGAGCCCCGGGGCCAGCGGUCGGAUUCACGGGCUCCCGUGUGGAAGGGGAGCUGCACCGGCGGGCACCCGGCCUCUGAGCUGAGCCGCAUCCCCACGGGCAGGACAGCGCCCCAUUAUGAGGCUCCUGCAGCUGUGCCUCGCUCCAGAUAAAGGCCAUGAUUUAUUCGGCAUGCCCAAAUGGGGCCUCAUUAUACGGGGCAGGACACAAGGACCCUACAGCAAGUGUCCUCAAAGAGUCGCCUCUCACUCAGUGAGCAAUCCUCCUCGGACUCCCACCCUCGGAUCACAGGCCCCCUCCGCUGUCUGCGGGCGCAGGCCUGAGAGCGCCGCCUGUUGCCAUGGCAGCCGGCCCCUCCCUGCCCCCCAUCAGUAGGAAAUCAUCCCCUUCUGAAACGUCCUGUUGUGUCCCUCAGCUCCAGCCUAAGCCCCCCAGCCAGCCCCCGCCUGCUCUGAGUCUCUGAGACAGUCACACACUCAGCCUCUGUGGCCGAGCUGGGGGCGGGGGGCACGGGCUAGGGACACACUAGAAUAUUCACGCUCUGGUGGCAGCAGCCGCAGCCAGAGGAGCGGCCGCCACACAAGGGACCCCUCAGGAAUGAAGCAGCCUUUCAGGGCCAGAGGGGCUGUGGUCUCCCUUCUUCUCCUUAAAUAGCCAGCGUUCCACCCACAGCGGCACGGAGCCCUCUGCCACCGACACCCACGGGCAGAGAUCACCUGCUGCCCCACAGACCCCUGCCCCUUCCUCCUGGACCACCGGCUAGAGGUAAGGGGCAGGCCGGGUGCGGCGGGCUGGGAGCCCAGGGCUAAGCAGAGGAAAUACUCAGUGGGGAACCCUGCCCAGGGAGACGGGCAGCAGCCGGUCUCCUGCCAUGUCUUUGGUGAUGGUCUGACCUGUGCAUUGAAGGCUGACCCGUCUGAAUUCACAGCAGCCCACAAAGCGGUGUUUUGUCCCGCUGAUGGGGGCUUGCAGAGGGGAAGUGGCUUGCCCGCAGUCCAGGCUGCAAUGGCAGCACCCCUGCCCCUAACCAUGAGACAGCCUUGACCCAUACAGGAGCCAGAUGCCUGGGAGAGGGUUCAGGCCAGGGAUGGACUGGCGCUAGUGCAAAGGCAACUGCCACCACCUGGCCAUGGCUGCUACUAUCACAGGCCCUCCCUGAGGCCACGCGUGCCCACCCGCCACCUCCACAGAGGCCUGAGACCUGUCCCAGACGCUCAGCUCACCCACAGCCAUGGGACCCAACACUGCCCAGGCCCUGGCCCGUUCCACGCCCCUUCCUCUUCGGAACACCCGCUCAGUGGCCAUCUGAGCAGUGAGCCGUGAGGAACCAGUGAGUCUAGGCUAAAGUUCGUUUCUAAAGGGCAAUGGAGAGUGAAGCCGGGCCCAUCUCAGACCAAACUGCAGCAACCAGUAUCAGAACUCCUCAAACGAGGGACAGAAAGGGAGGAGAAACCUCAGCAAACCUGAAACGAACCAGGAAGCGGUUUAAGAUGGAGUGAGUCUCAGUCGCAGAGAGAGCGAGGUGCACGCCCUUCGGCCGGGGCAGGAAGUGCCCAGGCUGAGACCCCCGGGCUGGAGGCAGGAGGCACCACAGGCCCACCUAGUGCCAUGAGAUAUGCUAGCCCUGCUGUCACUCAGGGCCCCAAGCCCAGUAACACUCUGUUGUCACUGUCUUGAAACUCUUCGUUUUUGAGCAAGGGGCUGCACAUUCUCAUUCCACACGCGGGCCCCUAAAAUUAGGGAGUGGUCCCAGGGCCGGGAGGAGGUGCUGAGCCUGGGAGACAACACCACGGCAAGCUCUGAGACUGAGUCACACUCCUGCCCUGGCCGAGGCGCCCUGGCAGUCUCCAGAGGCAAGGCAGUCCCCUGGGGGACCAGGGUUUCCCUGGUCUCACUUCCAGCUCCAGGGCCAAUGUCCCCUGGUCAAGUGACCUAGGGCAAGUUAGCAGACACUCAGCCUUGAUUCCUUAAUCUGUAAAAUGGGGCUAAAACUGGUUUGAGCCAGCACAGGCAGGCCCCCACCAUGCCAGGCAGAGUGGUCAGUCGUACCUAUGAGCUGUUCUCUCCUGGGGCCAGGUGAUGCCUGCACAGUGGGGCACAGUACAGGCCCAAGGGACAGUCUAGGGUGGAGGGCACCCACCUUGGCCCCUUCCCACCCCCAGGUUCUAACAAGGGCCCCUCACUCACUGAGCCCCCUCUCCUCUUCCAGUUUCCAGGGCCUCCCCGCACAUACCUUGCUCCUCUCCUGCCAACCUGAAAACAGCACACCUGUGUGCCCCUCCCAUCUACCAUGGGCUAUCCUCUCUGCUUGCCCGUGCACCUGCCCUGGAGCCCUGUUCCUCCAGUCUCUGGGUCCUCACCCCCAGCACGUGCAACACGACACCCUCAAAGUCACAGCCCCCCUGCCCCCGCCAUCCCACCGGCACCUGCUCCCUGUCCUCCCCUGCCUCACAGGCCCUGUCAAGGGCUGUGUCCCUCCCUCCUUUUACUUCUCCUCCACAGCCCCCUUCAGAGCCCUCAGCCCUUCCCCAGGGCUCCAGCCAAGCCUGUCUCCCUCUCCCGAGGAUCACUCACCCCGCCUUCGGCCCUCAGCUCUCCGCCCGCACCGCACUGUGGUUUUAGCAGUUCUAGGGAAAGUGCCAGCCGAGACCAUCCAGCCCAAGUCAGGACUGUGAAACCUGGAUUCCUGGGGAAUGGGGUCCCCGUGAGGAACUCCACAUGGGACUAAGAACAGACCCUGCUCCUGGAAGUGGCAGGAAACCAUCUCUGGUGUUAGAACUUCAGGCAUCUUCAAACACUCUGAAGCCGGGGCAAUCUUUUCAGGCUCAUACCCGGGCUCUGACUCCAGCCAAAGCAUGAAUGGCCUUGAAGUGGCCCCCCCAGGUCUGAUCACCAACUUCUCCCUGGCCACGGCAGAGCAAUGUGGCCAGGAGACGCCACUGGAGAACAUGCUGUUCGCCUCCUUCUACCUCCUGGAUUUUAUCCUGGCUUUCGUUGGCAAUACCCUGGCUCUGUGGCUUUUCAUCCGAGACCACAAGUCCGGGACCCCGGCCAACGUGUUCCUGAUGCAUCUGGCCGUGGCCGACUUGUCGUGCGUGCUGGUCCUGCCCACCCGCCUGGUCUACCACUUCUCUGGGAACCACUGGCCGUUUGGAGAAAUCGCGUGCCGUCUCACCGGCUUCCUCUUCUACCUCAACAUGUACGCCAGCAUCUACUUCCUCACCUGCAUCAGCGCCGACCGCUUCCUGGCCAUCGUGCACCCGGUCAAGUCCCUCAAGCUCCGCAGGCCCCUCUACGCACACCUGGCCUGUGCCUUCCUGUGGGUGGUGGUGGCCGUGGCCAUGGCCCCGCUGCUGGUGAGCCAGCAGACCGUGCAGACCAACCACACGGUGGUGUGCCUGCAGCUGUACCGGGAGAAGGCCUCCCACCACGCCCUGGUGUCCCUGGCCGUGGCCUUCACCUUCCCGUUCGUCACCACGGUCACCUGCUACCUGCUGAUCAUCCGCAGCCUGCGGCAGGGCCUGCGUGUGGAGAAGCGCCUCAAGAGCAAGGCGGUGCGCAUGAUCGCCAUCGUGCUGGCCAUCUUCCUGGUCUGCUUCGUGCCCUACCACGUCAACCGCUCCGUCUAUGUGCUGCACUACCGCAGCGGUGGGACCUCCUGUGCCACCCAGCGCGUCCUGGCCCUGGGAAACCGCAUCACCUCCUGCCUCACCAGCCUCAACGGGGCGCUCGACCCCAUCAUGUAUUUCUUUGUGGCUGAGAAGUUCCGCCACGCCCUGUGCAACUUGCUCUGUGGCAAAAGGCUCAAGGGCCCGCCCCCCAGCUUCGAAGGUAAAACUAACGAAAGCUCACUGAGUGCCAAGUCAGAGUUGUGAGCGGGGGGCGCCGUCCAGGCCGAGCGCAGACUGUUUGUUUAGGACUCAGCAGACUCAGCAAGAGGCAUCUGCCGUUUCCCCAGCCACCUCCCCAGCAGGCAACCUGAAAUCUCAGCAGAUGCCCACCGUUUCUCUAGACCGCCUCGUCUCAACCCCUGAAAAGGGAGAACUGACGAAGGGGAUCCAUCGGCCACCCUCUGCAGGGGCUUGUGAUGCUUACAAAGGCUCCUAGACACUCAACGACUUCAUCCGUGGCAGGGAGAGAAGAGGCCGGAAGAACAACCCCUGAACAAUAGACGCCUUUCUUUCCCACUAGGCUCCCAGCCUCCUUCCUGCUACAGAAUCGCUCAGCAACCAGGCUCUGCAGAAAGACCCGGAAGGCAGGCUGCAAACGACCCAGAAGAGGGACCUGGGAGUCCUGGCGGGGGCGGGGAGGGAGUCUCAAUAUUCCUUUGCAGUGCAAGGUACCCUGAGUCCCCUCUGUGAUGCCUCUGCCAGACACACACUGCCUGAGUUGAAAGGACACAGGCCACACAUUUCAGGCUGGUUGCCAGGGGACCUCAGCACUCACGGCCUGCAGGGACUGAGCACAGCUCUGGAUUCUGGAUCUCUCCUGCUGUAACCCCACGCACAGGCCUGCAACCCCCAGAGCUCUUUGGCAGGCUCCCGGGCCUCCCAGUCCUGGACAAGCAUGUCCUGUGUAGUCAUGGGAGCUCAGGUCAGGCCAGGGCUGCGCUGCGCACCUGCCUCCCACUGACCCAGACCCCCUUCCUCCAGAGAGGCCUCUCUCUGCCUGAGCUAUUUCCCUUGCUCGCGUGCAGGCAUUUCCCUAACAUGUCCUUUGUAUUUGUACAGACCAUAAACACAACUGUAGCUUUAAGACUACA